GUUGUUAUUCURAAGUACUUUAUAUAGUUUCAAGGCCUGAAUAUUACAUUAUAUUUUGGGGUUCCUGUGUAAUAGCAACAAGAUGGCGGACAUUGUAAGGUGUGCUCUGGCACCCCGUCUUUAUCGCAUUUAUAUCCAAAAAGAAACAAGGAUCAAAAGCAGAGCUUACGAGCCUAACGGACUUGAACAGUGUGGUGACGGAAUAAUAAGAGCUCUGUCAUAUGCCUGGUCCAUCUGCUACUACGCAUCUCCUGCGUUAGCUUUCUACAUGUAUAGGAAAGGUUUUUUCUCUCAUGGYGGUAUAGUCUAUUUAUCUAAGUUUAUUGGAUAUUUGAGUGUUGUACUCAUUGGAGCUUAUUGCAUCAGAGGACUGGGGCGCUUUAAUAAUCCAGAUUACCGGGGAUUUUUAGAUAUUCUUGCUGCAACUAAGGCAUCCAAUAUUGAAGCAAAUAAGAAAAAGCURAGGAUGUUUGAUUUUGAUUAUUAUGAUUGGCCAGCGGAUUACACAUGGAAUGAAACAGGCAGGAGUGAAGAAAGCAAAAAGUACCUUGAAACUACCACAACAACUCGUGUUAGACACAGCAGCAUCCUGUCAAAAAUAGCUGCAAUGCCUUGCACUACAAUCAGAUACAUGUUUGCCCAUGGUCUUGGAAGACCACUCAUGUUYCCAGGUUCUGUUGGAUUAUUACAAACAGGAUUAGCCGAACCUCUUCUGUCUGGACGUACAAUUUACCUGGAAAAGGGAGGCAAAAGAGCUAAACUUGUUGCCGCAGAUGGUAAUGAAAUUGAUUCCAUGUUCUUUGAUAAACGGUCCCAAUACUUUGAAGAGGUGCAUAAAGGAAACACAUUGGUGAUUGUAUGUGAAGGUAAUGCAGGAUUCUAUGAAUUGGGUCUGGUGUCAACACCUCUGAAAGCUGGAUAUUCUGUUCUUGGUUGGAAUCAUCCUGGCUUUGCUGGUAGCUCUGGACUUCCAUUUCCUGAAUCAGAGAGAAAUGCAAUUGAUGUAGUUGUGCAGUAUGCUACAAAUGAACUUGGAUUUAAACUAGAAGAUAUAGUACUCUAUGCAUGGUCUAUAGGUGGAUAUACAGCAACUUGGGCUGGCAUGACGUAUCCCAAGCUUGGCGGAUUAGUGCUUGAUGCAACUUUUGAUGAUGUCGUUCCUCUGGCUCAAAGUAAAAUGCCUGAAGCUGCACGUGGCUUUGUUACUGCUGUUGUCAAAGAGUAUUUCAAUUUGGAUAAUGCUAAGUUUGUUUGCAAAUAUCCUGGUCCUAUUUUGCUGAUAAGAAGAAUGAGAGAUGAAAUCAUCACAAUAGAGGAAGGAAAUGUAGGCACAAACUUAGGCAACAAUCUACUUAUCAAGAUCCUUAGGCAAAGGUAUCCUAAAUUGUUCAACGAUGAGAGUCUUGAUUUACUAAAUGAAUAUUUGGCAUGUCCUGAUCAAAGCGUAAAACUGGGUCUAUGGAACAGUAUGGGCGUGGACGUGUCAGAGUGCAAUGAUAUCGUGAAAAAUCACAUAGCGGAAUACGGUAACAACUACCCCAGUCAGAUAGGUCACAAUCUUUCGCCGGAAAAAAAGAUCCAUGUUCUUAUGUUUCUUGUGCUUCAAUAUCUGAUGGAUUUCGAUGCAGCGCAUUGUAUMCCUCUGCCGUCCACUGAUUUCCGUCUACCUUGGAACGGCUAGAAGUCGUCAUGCUAUUGUCACAUAACGCUCAAGGUUGCGUUACACGGAAAGUUGCGUUGCAUUGAAAGCUGCAGCGUUACACUGAACGUUGCGUUUCACAGAACGUUGUGUUAUACAGCACUGAAACAGUUGAAGAAAAGCUAGGAUUACAAUUCGUGUAUUGAGCAGCUAGUCUGCCUUUAUUGUUGUUGAUAUUGUUGUUGCUGAUAUUGUUGUUGAUAUUGUUGUUGUUGAUGAUGAUGUUGCWAUGGUUAUAAAAUACUGCUUGACUACAUGAUAUGUGGUCACUAGACAUCUUAUUGUCCUCACAAGAUGUCUUAUUUAUUUAAAUUGAAGUUUACCGUAAAAUACUUAAACAAUGGCUAGUGUACUGUGAUCUUACUGUCAGUGUCCACCAACCUCGUGCCCAGAGCCUGCAUUUCUGACGUCCAGCGGAAGUCAAUGCAUGUCGUUUUCAGUCUCCCCGCGUCCGAUGAUAACACAGGGAACAACAGAUAGGAAUAAUUAGUUAUAAAAUAUGUUAUUAUCAGUGCAGAUAGUGCAAAUAAUUAAACAAGUUCAUCCAAAA